AUGGGCUCGCCUCCUGUCGUGAAGGUUCUGACGAUGACGGCUCCCUCGUCAGUCUACUACAACUUCGGAAACCCCAUGAACCCCGCCUACAUGCCUGAUAUGUGGCUCGGCUACUCAGACGGUAUGAAUUUCUGGCAGCGGCUGUACAACACGUACUUCUAUUUAAGGCUGAUGCACAUGUGGUUCUGUCAGGCGAUGCCAGUUCAUGAAGCACUUAUGAGGAAACACUUUGGUCCAGAUCCUCCAUCUGUGUACGAAGCGGACAGGAACGUCAGUCUCCUCAUAACCACCAACCACUUCGUCAUGGAAUAUCCUCGCCCGCACUUGCCCAACAUCAUCGAGAUCACCGGAAUCCACGUUGCCACAGAACAGAAGCCUCUGCCAAAGAAGGCUGAGCUUUACACGACUGACUGUGACCAGCAGAUGUUGACUUCACAACCACCAGCAAGGCUUGCCCAACAGCUUCAACAAGAAGAGGACAGACUGCUGCAACCAAUCGCUGACUUCUGGCGGCGAUCGACGCAGGACCGCCCUCUCCUGACGACGCCCCAAGAGGUCACGGAUGUUAUCGGCAAAACUAAGGACAUCAAGCUGUUCCUAGAUGGGGCAGAACACGGCGUCAUCUACUUCUGCCUAGGAACCAAUCUGCGCAGCAAUGCGAUGUCAGACUGGAGCCGACAGGAAUUCAUUGAAGCGUUCCGGGAGCUGCCCCAGAAGGUCCUCUGGCAGUGGGAGAACGACUCCCUUCCCGGUCGACCUGAGAACAUCAUGGUCAGCACAGCAGGACGUCCUAGCACUGGGUGGACUCUGGAGCGCGCCGUGUGGUGGCUGGAGUACGUGAUACGUCACAAGGGGGCCCCGCACAUGCUCAGUGCCGCCCUCGACCUGCACUGGUGGCAGCGGCUGCUGCUCGACGUCAUAGCGUUCCUCCUUCUGGUCGCCGCCAUUGCUGUCUAUCUUUCAUGCAUAUCUCUUCGCAGACUUGUCCAGCUCCUCUUAACAUUUAAAAGUGAGGAUAAAAGCUGA